ACCCAGUUCAUAUGUUUGGCGUAAAAAGAAGCGCACCUCGCGCCGUUUUUUGGCUUGUCAACCGAAACCACGCAACAUUUCACGGCUUAUUUCUUGGGAAAAUCUACUGAUUUCCUGAUGGUUUGUGCAAAACAUCGUAACACUAGAUGUGCCACAAGAAGUUAAGUGCAUUUGCAGUCCGGUGCCCGAGUGUAUCGCGCUAGAAACCGUUUUCCCACCGAGGCGAGCGGCGAACCCUCAACAUGCCUCUCUUGAAGAGAAAAGCUAAGCUCGAGAAAUCGACGGCGUCGGAGUACCUCCGGGACGACGACGAGGUGUUCCACUGCGAGGUCACCGACGAGAUAUUCAAAGACUAUGAAGAGUACUGUGAGAGGAUUAUUUUGGUCAACUCCAUGGUGUGGUCAUGUGAGAUGACAGGGAAGAACAACUUGACUUAUGCAGAGGCUCUAGACAGUGAGAAGGCAGCUAGGAGGUCCUUGAAAGACUUUCCCAUGGAGUUGAGGAUCCCUAUCCUGUACCUGGCAGCGAAGACCAAGCGGUGCUCAUUUGCUGAGAUGGCUGAAGAUGUGUUCAACUAUGUGAGGGAGAGGUACUUCGUGGGGGAGUCAGUGGAGGCAUGCCUGGAGGGGGAGAACUGGAGGGAGUCACAUGUGCUCUCCGUGACCGCCCCUAAACAGCAGCCUGGCAGCAAAGUGACCCUGCCAGCAUCCGCCUACUGCUACGAGGUGGAGCAGUUUGAGUCCUCAUCCUCUGGCCAGGUGGUGGUGGCGGCCCACGACCGCGUCCGCAGACGCAAGGGAGUCUUCUCCCGGGACAAGUGCCGCCUGUUCCUGAAGCAGUUUGUUGAGAUGGAGAACACUGUUAUUGUCAUUAAGAAAGCAGCCCUAGAAAAGUACAACAUCGGCAAAGUGAACUUCGAGCAGAUCUUCACUGGGAGCCCCCCCGACUUCCCGUCGUCCAAGAGGCUGAUGAAGACCAGCAUCUCCCCAGCCAAGGGCCAGCCCAAGCCCGGCUCGGCCAGCAAGGCCAAGCCCGCCAAGAAGCCGAGCCCAGAGAAGAAGGGGCAACAGUCCAUGGACAAGUUUGUCAAGAAGAGCGAUAAGGCUGAUGCGCCAAAACCGAAGCCAGACCCGGCAGCCAAAAAGAGCGGUCAAGACCUCGCAGACAAGAUGCGUCGUGCAGAAGAACAGAUGAAGCAGAGGAGAGAAGACGAGAAGGCGAAGAAGAAGGAGAAGAACGCGCGCCUGCAGGCCUACCUCAAGGAGUGGCAGAAGGUCAAGGAUGAUCUGCUGCUUGAGGAUCAUAAGAUAAUACCAAAAGGCACGCCAGUGGUCAUCGAAGGCAUAGACAGCAAACACAUCGGGGAUUUCCUAUCAGUGCUCGAGUUCGUUCACCUCUACGCUGAAACUCUGAAAACUAAGGAAUUCUUCCACAACGGUCUGGACAUUGAAACCUUCAGGAAAGCGCUGACGGCCAAGGAGUAUGCUAGCUGCUUUAGCGACCUGAUACAGAUGAUGCUGCAGACGAUAUUCUCGCUGCAAGAGGACGAGGCGGAGGAGUACAACGAGGGCGGCAGCAUCGACGUGUCCAACGGACUCGACGAGGAGGCGCCAUCUGCCGAGCUGGACAUGAACAGAGCCGUGGAGCUCGCGACCAAGGCCAGCAAGUGGCCGCAGACCUACCUGGGGACGCCGCUCAGCAAGCUGCCCAUGGACCCCACCACCGUCAGCGAGGUGCUCAGACUGCACCUGCUAUCCUCGGGAGCAGCAGCCGGCAGCCGCUGCGCGGCGUGGCGCUACCAGCAGCGCGGCGGCUACUCGGCGCGCGACGAGCCCGCGCUGCAGCUGCGUCGGCACAACCCGCGCCCGCUGCUCGCGCUGCGCGCUGCCCACGUCACCGCCUUGCCUCUAGAGGACAAGUUCACGAUCCUGCAGUGCCUACAGAACCAGAUCCUGUCGUACGCGACCGUGCGCGACAUCGUGGAGGAGAAGCUCGAGAACUACAAGGCCAUGAAGCACGAGCUCCGGAUGUCCCAUAUACAAGAGCGCAAACGCGAAGCCGAACUCCUAGUAGCCAAGGCCAAGCUCAAGAAGGAGGCCGCAGCCAAGAAGGAGGAACAGAAGCUCACGGGAGACAAGGCGAAGGCGGUGGACCUCGAGCUCACGAGGGCGAUAGAGAAGUUGACCAAAGAAGGCGAAGACAAGAAGGCGCAGUACGUGAAAAAGAGCAAUCAACUGCAGAAGGACUGCUUCGAGUAUGUCUCGUAUCUUGGCUCAGACCGCGCCUACCGCCGCUACUGGCUGAACCAGUGUGUGGCUGGUCUCUUCGUCGAAGCGGGGGCCGAGCCGCGUGGGCCCUGUCUCGACAAGCCAGUGUUACCUGCCCCGCCAGAUGAGGACACGUUGACCUAUGUGACCAAGCUGUUUGAGAGCGAUAAGGAGAGAGGCGGAAGCGACAAAGAGAACGACUCGGGCGCCAACUCGCGCGGCAACUCGCCCAAGAAGCCGCUCGCCCACCUCAACGGACUCACGCAGAAGCUCAGCGGGCUCGAGAGUAACUUGCAGCACAUGAAGGAGCUGCUCAUGUGUACUGGCGACAUAUCAACCUGCUACCCUCACGGCAGCGCCUCCCGCCCGCAGUGGUGGGUGCUCCACAGCCCCGAGCAAGUGUCGGCCCUUAUGACGUCACUGAACAAGCGCGGCGCGCGCGAGGCCGAGCUGCGGCACUCGCUGGAGGUGGACCUGCCGCGCUUGCUGCACUAUGUGAAGGAUGCUCCGCUGUCGGCGCUGAAUCCUAGUGUUGCACCGCCGCCACCAGUAGCCCCUACACGGCGCAACAAGUUCCAACCCUCCCUCGUAGUCCCUCCCGACUGCUCCGUGCGCGAGGCGCUGGAGCUGUCCCUCAGGGACUACAUACUGGAGCUGGAGGAGAAGAUCUUCCACGGCUGUCUGGGCGCCGUGCAGGUCAAGGAUCGCGAGGCGUGGCGCGGCACAAUAAUGCUGCGCGGCUACGACAAGCAGGCCAACUACCUCAGCUGGGGCCCGCGCAAGCAGUUCCGCGACGACUGCCACCUGCCUAAUGGAGUCUUCAAGAUGCCCGCUGAAGUGGACCCGUCCAACCCGAUCCCAGAGAACAAGUACCGAGACCCGGGCCACUACUUAUCAGACCGGGUGAACGGGGUCAAGUUGGAACCGGACACAGUGAAGACCGAGGCGCCGGCGGGCGGCGUGGUGCGCGGGCUGGCCAGCGCACUUCUGCAGGUCGAACAGGGGAUCCAUCAUAAGUACCUGAAGAGGCCGUUGGGUCUGGAUGACAAGGAGCGCAAGGAGCGGGAGGCGAAGGGCAAGUCACUAGAUAUGGAGGCGCUCGAGCGCUGGGAGGUGUCGCUCAUGGAGUGCCAGAGCUUCGCACAGAUCUGCCUACACCUCUUCACCCUAGACUCGAGCGUCUCUUGGUCCGCCAGCAUCCUGAACGCGAGCUGCAAGAUCUGCCGGCGCAAGACCGACCCGGACAACAUGCUGCUCUGCGACCAUUGUAAUAAGGGCCACCAUCUGUACUGUCUGAAGCCUAAACUCACCAAAGUGCCAGAAGGUGACUGGUUCUGCGCGCAGUGCAAGCCGAAGGAACAGAAGACGCCGAGAAAGAGACGGAAGAUAUUCUCCGACGAGGAGCUAGAAGAAGCUAUGCAUGAAGACAGCGACUCAGAAUCCGAAUCCCCCGCUGUCUGCGGCACGUGCGGCUCCGGCGGCGAGCUGGCGGCCGCGUGCAGCUCGUGCCGCGCCCCCCACCACGCCGAGUGCCUGCCCCCCCGCGCCUCCCGCCGCGCGUUAUGCAAGCAAUGUACUCCUGCGAGAGAGCGGCGACGGUGCGCGGAGACGGCCAUCACGAAUAUCCACGAGUACACGCGCGCUCUGAACGCGCCGCGCCAUGACACCUCCGAGUCAGACGACAGUGAAGACAACACGGCCCUCGUCAGGCUAAAGACGACGAGGAAGUCUAGAAAUAGCAAAGAACCAUCGCCAAUGGUGAACGGACAUUCCACUACUAAGAAAUCUAGGAAAUCAAAAGAAGAAACGAAUACGAGCAGUAGAAAGUCCCGCACUUCGGGUGCCACCACGCCCGUCAUGAACGGACAUCAUGAAGAGCGCAAGUCCAGCCGUCGCAGCAGCAAGGGGGCAGCGAGCCAGCCCGCGCUGCACGCCCCCGCGCUGCAGCAGCUGCUGAAGGAGCUGCUCAAGCACAAGGACAGCUGGCCCUUCGCCGAGCCCGUGGACGUGGAGGAGGUGCCAGACUACCUGUCCAUCAUCUCGACCCCGAUGGACCUGUCGACCAUGCAGGGCAAGCUGGCGUCAGGCGGCUACGAGAGCGACGCGCAGUUCGUCGCCGACGCCGCGCUCGUGUUCCGCAACUGCUACACGUACAACCGCGACACGCACCCCGUCGCCAGGUCAGCGGUGCGCCUAGAGAAGUACUUCAACAAGCGCGCGGCCGAGCUCGAGCUGCCGACGCUACCGGAAAUGAACUUCGACGAAGAAGCGGAAGCGGAAGUGGAGGCCGGAAGCAAGCGCUCCUCCUCCGAGGAGCCGCCGACGGCCAAGCGAGUGAAGACCAAGUGAUAUCCGCUUCCGCCGCCGAAGCUCACAGACUAUGUGUGUUAUUGAGGAGUGAGGGUGUGAGGUUUGAGUUCGUCUUUGGAAAAUUAGGAGUAUUUGGAAGGUGUUAUGGGGGUUUAAUGGCGUUGGGAAAUGGAAACUAUUCCGUUGAUUCACAGAUGGUCCUAAAUUAUCUGUUUUCUUAUAUUACUGUAUUUAGCAAUUACUAUAAACUAAAUGAUAAAAGAUAGGCAUGUGUAUUUAUCACAUAUUUUACGUUCAUGUAACUUACGUGCUGGACACGCAAAAACAGUCUCAGCUAAGGCCACGUCGCCAUUACCCUCUCUAAACAUAAUAAACUCUGAAAAUACAAUGUCAGUCUUGUGAAAAUUCAAGGAAACUCAAACUAGUACAUUUAUUGUAAUAAAAUAAUUUAACAAGGACGAACUUGAACUCGACGCUCGAAUACAAAUCGAAUUGUGAUAUUCCAAAACUUAGUGAAAAGUAAAUUAUGUAAGUGCUUUUAUGUAAAAUCGUGUCAGAAACGUGCCCAGUGCAGUGUUUGCCGACUCUCGCGACCAACGGUAAGCAUUGUCUAGCUCAUGUUUAUAAAACUAUUCCGAGUAUUAUCUACUCAUUGCUUCGUACGGUUUCAUUCAAGGAAUACUGUCAC